UGGGCUUUGACUAAUCUUAAUGGGAUAAAUCAAUUGAAAGAGAUCUGGUGGAUUACUAAUGGACUGUCCACCAAUGCCACCCCACUUCACUUGGCUGCUGCCGUUUCUUCUCCUUUGCUCCGCCUGAGCAACCUAUCUGCUAAGUUUGCUCGUCUUCAGAUUUUGAUGUUGUUGAUUAUUUACAAGGACAUCCAUCCAAAUGAUAUAGAGCUUGCCGUUAUUCAGAUUCCUCUAGUAGACGUUGCUGUUGAGAAUAAUCCUACUCCUACUCACUCAGACAAGUCGGCAGAGGAUUCAUAUGACUUUUCUCCUACACCUGAUAUCCAGUGUAAGAAGAAACAUGAUGCAAGUGUUGGUCCAUCUUCAUCACCGCCCCAUAAAAAGCGCAAGGAACAGAAUAUUCAUCCCUCAAAUACAGCUCCAGUUGGUGUAUCUGAAAUUGCACAAAAUAUUUUGCAUCACAAUCAACUGGCAGAUUUAAAAAAUGAUGAAGUAUCUUCUUUGAGGAAAGACCUAAAUUCAUUCAAAGAAUACGUUGUGGGCGAGUUCAAGUCUCUGAGAUCAUUAAUCAAUGAUAACUUUAAGAUGCUUGCUGACCAUCUUCAACACAAUCAGCAAAAAGAAAGCUUACACCAGAGAAAGAAAACCACAGGAAGACGUGAUGAUGGUAUUGAAAUGCCAUAUGAAGCCAACUUGCAAGAUAUUCCAAAACGUCACAGACAGAUUGAUACACUAGUCGGCGAUAAUAUUAAGUCAAGAGUGUUGGGGAAUACUACAUCAGAGGUGUCGUACAACACACCACAUAUAGACCAAGAGGGUGUAUCUACAGAUUACUAUGUAUCUCAAUUUGAGCUGGACGACAAGUUUCUUCCCAGUCAAAUUCCAGAAACUAGAAUUGUGAUACACAACAGUGCAAAAAAAGUUGCAUCAACCCCAUUACCAUCUCAUAAGAAUCGGCGACCAAGUACUUCAGUAAAGUUGACCCCCAUUUUUGAAAAAAGACACCCAUUUGAGGAUGAUUCAAUAACGGGGCCGCACCCUACAUUAAUCAUUUAGGAAUACGACAAAUGGGUUCGUGAUGGUCUUCUUGUUAGACAUGAGCAGAAGUGAGUUUUUUCCCGGUAUGUCUAUUACGUAUUUAUAUUUUUAAAAAUGGAUAUAACGUUUUUAUAUCAUACUUGU